CUUGGGCGCGCCGAGCGAGCCAGCGAGCAGCCAGCAGCCAGCAGUGCGCGCGGCUCUUUGUCAGUUCUCGACAGCCACAGCCAUGAACCUGCUCGCCCUUUGCGUUUUCGCCCUUUUCCACUUAGUCUCCCUCGGCGAUGCGUGUACCAACAAUAAAUUACCGGCCCAAGCCGACUUGAUAAAAAGGGACGGCAAGACCUACUACCUGAGCAGAAUCGAGGACGAAAGGGACAUGCAGCUGGAUUGGAGUUCGGCGCAAGCGUGGUGCAAAGAGCACGGCAUGGAGCUCUCUUCCCUCGAGACUAAGGACGAAAUGCGGUACCUCAGGGAACAAAUGGGAGCCUAUUAUUGGACAAGCGGCUACCACACCCAGGGCGACACGUUGAGGAGCGCCGCAUUCCGGGACCUGAUCACGGACACGUUCACGUGGGCGGGCACCGGCAAGAAGGUGGAGCUGGAAAUCCGCAAAUCGUACUACGCGGGCGAGUGCGUCGGCGCCAGCAAGGACGGCCUGUACGCGUGGCCCUGCUCCAAUCUGCGCUACUUCGUGUGCGAGCUGGAGAAGUGCUAACUGACCUGUGCAGCUGGAUGUAGUCACGCGGCCGGUUGAGCAGGAAGAGCAGCCGGUCGGCCAGCUUGUUCUUGCCCACGCCCUGGUUACCCACCAGCAACAGGUGCUCGCCCAGCGCAAAGUCCUGCAUUAGCCACUCCAAAACUGCCAAGUGCUGUUGUAACAAUAACAUUUAAUAAAAAUCACUCACAGAUUGGA